GCGAGGGAGAGCGAGCGAGCGAGCGAGAGCCAUCCAGCCAUAGGAGGAGAAGAGAUUGUAAGACAGCAGGCAGGCAGGCAGCCUGUGCGUCAGCCGGCGCUCCAUAGGGAAACAUGGAGACGAGCAGGAGAUGCUGAGGAGGACGGAACACACACACACACACACACACACACACACACACACACACACACACACCAUAACAGGAUCACAAGGAUGGAUGUUAUUUCAUCAAGCAGGCAACCUGCAGGCAACCCACGCAGAGGAUAAACCACUUAUGGACGCAGUGGAUUAAAGAUCCCACAGACAGAACUGAGAGGGAGAGGGCAGAUCGGAAGAGGAGAAAUUAAUCAAUUCGGUUGUUUAUUUUCAUUGUCUGUGUGUGUGUGUGUGUGUGUGUGUGUGUGUGUGUGUGUAGCAUUUGCUGUCAGAAAGUGUGUGUGCGCGUGCGAAAGGCAGGAGACUGCAUUGCUGCUCUCCAUCACCACAGGACAAAACAAGAAAAAGCAGCCAAGCAGAUUCCCCUGUUUUCUUCCCCCAUUUUUCUGUCUCUCCCUCUCUAUGCAUGUGUGUUUGGUUGCUGUGCGAUCACAAGUGUGUGUGUGUGUGUGUGUGUGAGUGUGUGUGAAGGCUGACAAUAAGAAGAAGAUGGUGAAGACCUGAAGUGAGCAACACAUUCAGAGUCCGACUUUGAAUGAUUCUUUUUUCGCAGCGGACCCAAAGAAAAAAACAAUUUCUUGGGAGAGAGAGUUUCUUUCUUCCUUUUUUCUCAACACACAAAAUGCCACAGCUCCUGUCGGGGCCUCUGUGCCGAUCAGGGUAGCUUCUGAUGCUGGGAGCUUGGAGGUUUGAAGGGGCUGCCCCCAGGGACACUUCUUGGCUCUCUGCACCCCAGAGAGGUGGAGGCAUUGUCAGGUAGGAGGCGGCGGAACGAGUGGGCCUGAGCGGAGAGCCGGAGACGAGUAGGAGGGAAGAGUUCUGCAUUUCGUGUCGUACAGGGCGGAUGGCGGGCCGGUGGAGCUGCCGGAAGGUUCCCAUCUCCCGCUGAGAGAGGAUAAUGGCAGCUCUGGGCCCACUCGCCUCCUCUCUCACCUGCGUCCGCCACAGAGAAGCCGGGAAGUGCUAGCCGAAGCUACCGAGAGUCCAGAGAGACGAUGGUGUGAGCAGCAGCACCGCUUCCCCUUCCCCACCACGCCGGGGAAAAACCCCUGACGCUCCUGUGAGGGGCCAAGUUUUGCUACUCACCUUUUGUUUCUCCUGUCUCUUCGCCAAAGCCAGCGGACAGCAGAGGGUUGGCGUUUCUUGAUUUUUGGGGGAGUUCUCUCCCUCUCCCUCCCAACUUUCCCCUUCUCCUCGCCCCAGACCGCACCGGACGCUAAAAUUCAGCUUUCAUGGAUCGGUUCUAGCUCCAACCUGUCCUUCCUCUUCCCCCCUUUGUUUUCUUUUUCUUUUCUUUUUCUUUUUGUCGAGGCUUCAGCGGAAUUGCCAAGACCUGUUUCAUGCAUGUCCACUGGCGGCAGGUUCAACUUUGACGAUGGGGGGUCAUACUGCGGCGGGUGGGAUGAGGGCAAGGCGCACGGCCACGGGAUCUGCACGGGACCCAAAGGCCAGGGCGAGUACUGUGGGUCCUGGGCCCACGGCUUCGAGCUGCUGGGCGUCUACACUUGGCCCAGCGGCAACACCUUCCAGGGCACCUGGGCUCAGGGCAAGAGACACGGAGUGGGCGUGGAGAAUAAAGGCCGCUGGGUGUACAAGGGCGAGUGGACGCACGGCUUCAAGGGACGCUACGGAGUCCGAGAAAGCACCGGGACCAGUGGGAAGUAUGAGGGGACGUGGAACAACGGGCUGCAAGACGGAUACGGAACAGAGACGUACUCAGAUGGAGGAACAUUUCAGGGUCAGUGGGUCGGCGGGAUGCGUCACGGCUACGGCGUCCGCCAGAGCGUCCCGUACGGCAUGGCGGCCGUCAUCCGCUCCCCGCUGCGCACCUCCAUAAACUCUCUGCGCUCCGGCUCGGAGCACAGCAACGGCACAGCGCUUCUGGACCGGACCGGCGGGGCGGCGGUCCCCGGGCCCCCGCCGGGUCCCGGCACGCUGACCACCAGCGUCUCCAUGUGCAGCACGGGCAGCAGCGGCAGCAGCCCCGCCGUGUCCCGCGGCGGCUUCGUGCUGAUGGCGCACAGCGAGGCCGAGCUGCUGAAGGGCAAGAGGAAAGGCGGCCUCUUCAGGAGGUCCAUCCUGUCGGGCCUCAAGCUGAGGAAGUCCGAGUCCAGGAGCUCGCUGGCCUCACAGAGAUCCAAACAGAGCUCGUUCAGGAGCGAGGCCGGCAUGAGCACCGUCUCGUCCGCCGCAUCGGAUAUCAACUCCACUAUCAGUCUCGGAGACGCCGACGCAGAGCUGGCCGUCGCCGACGACGACGUGGACGCCACGGCGACGGAGACCUACUGCGGCGAGUGGAAGAACGACAAGCGGACGGGGUUCGGCGUGAGCCGCCGGUCGGACGGGCUGCAGUACGAGGGCGAGUGGCUCAGCAACAAGCGCCACGGCUACGGCUGCACCACGUUCCCCGACGGCACCAAAGAGGAAGGGAAGUACAAGCAGAACAUCCUGGUGAGCGGCAAGAGGAAAAACCUGAUCCCCCUGCGGGCCAGCAAGAUCAGGGAGAAGGUGGACCGGGCCGUGGAGGGAGCGCAGAAGGCCGCCGACAGCGCCCGGCAGAAGGCCGAGAUCGCUCUGUCGAGGACGGCCCAUGCGCAGGGUAAAGCAGAGGCGGCGGUCGGAGCGGGUCAGAAAGCCCAGGACGAGAGUCGAAUGGCCAGGGUCACCGCCAAGCAGUUCUCCCCGUCCUUCCAGCACCCAGGAAACGGUAUGGAGGUGCAGCGUCCCAAACGUCAAGUGUCCAGCGAAGUGGAGGGUGAGGGGCUAUCGAGUAGCGCCGGCACGGCCGACAGCCCCGAUCUCUACGUGAAGAGCGUGGCCUCCGAUGACCCGUCUAACGACGCUGCCACCCCUGACCUCAGCCCGCCUUCGUCCUCACCUCCUCACACCCCGCCUCCCCCCGCCCGGCCGACCCAGCGCAGCAAGAGUGCCCGCUUCCACCGGCAGACCGCCGUGGACCACGGAGACAAGGCGAAGGAGGGCGGAGAGAAGGGUGAGAAAGGUGGGGGAGGAGGAGGCAAGACAGAGAUCCAGGUGUUGAUGGAGGGAGGCAACGCAGGAGGGGAAGGCAGCGGAGGGGGAGGGAAGGGGGAGCACCCGAGGGCCAACAGCUGGAGCGAGGACAAGAGGAGAGGGAUACUGUCAAAAGGAGGAGUCAGUGGGCGAGGGGCAAGUCGGACCAAUGGACACAAACACAGCUCCUCCAAUCACAAGUCGCGGGAGCACGGCUCGUCUAAUCACAGACAGGCCAAAGGGGACAGGUGGACCGAGUCGUCCUCGUCGGCCUCCUGGACGUCCGGGCACAGGGGCGCGCACGGCAGGGGGGGCCGGCUGCUGGAGCAGGACGAGGAGAAAAUCAGCAACUACGAGAUGGAGAUGAAACCUUUACAGCCCAGAGACUCCGCUACCCACAAGCCCCAUGGGCACGGGGAGGAGAGGCACGGGCACGGAGAGGGGCGCUCGCAUGCCGUGCAGCGACAGAGACACAAGAACCGCGACGAGCGGGAGGGACGGGAAGGGAAAGAGGGCGGGAAGGACUCGGCACAGAAGCCGGACAGGCCGGGGGAGAAGAUGGACUCGCGGCCAAUGCACCGGGACCUCACCCUCUCCCCCCCUCUGAAGUCAUCGCCCAUCACACCGGAGCAGCAGGACCAAAGCCUCGCGCAGGGCAAAGGCAACUCGGCCUACAGCUCUAUCCUGGUUGUCAUGGUGAUCCUGCUCAACAUUGGAGUGGCUAUUUUGUUUAUUCACUUUUUUAUUUAAGGACAGCUCACUGCUUUCAGAGUCUAUCUACGCUUCAACAACAACAACAACAACAACAACAACUAUAAAUUCAUACGAGUAUUAUGUUGAAUCUGCUGCCCCCUCCGUGCUCCCGGUGAGAGGACUGCAACCCAGCUCUGGUUGGUGGGGGGGGGAGGAGACCAGGACCGAGGAGGGCUCGGCCGUCUUUUGGUUGCGAAAGAGAUGCUGGAGUGCGUAGCCCAAAGAAGGUGAUGGAAGAGGGCGGUGUCCCGCUCCAGGUGACCGGACCAGAGCGGGAUGAUGCCGUCCUGAACCUGGACUGGAGUGAGCUUCAGGAGAUCACGUGUAGACUCGAGUGGGCUGAACUGGUCUGACGUCCAGGCCACUGAUACAAAUGCAGCUGGAUGCAUCACAGCGAGACGUCUGCUUCCACUGUCCGACGACAGGACCGACGAGACAGACUUUUCCCAUCUCCAAAUCAUAGUUUUUUCGACAGAUUUGUAUAUCUUCUAAUUUAUUUAUUAACAUGUUAUCCCAUGUGCGAUACGUUGAUGGCUGAUCUAUUUAUUUUGUAACCCCACCAACUCCCUCUUUAUAUAACUCCAAGCCUUUUGGGCCCAGCUGUUGUUACUGAUGGUUCAAGGUCUGCGUACGUGUCUGUGCUGCUUGAGCUGCCAAGUGUGUGCCGGCUGCCUGGAUACGUGGUCGGUCGAUCGCUUCCUGUCCACCCACACACACACACACACACACACACACACCCUUUUUUACUUCUGUCUUUGUUAGGGAUGUUCUGCAAUGCAUUUCCCUAACCUCCUUACACCAACCUUAACCAAAUUCAAACCCUUAAACCACGUUUUAUCCCCAAAAACAUCCCUUUGGAUUCGUGACCUGUCCUCACUUUUUGAAAAAGUCCUCACAAAGACAGAAGCACAAGUAUACACCAACACACGCAUUGCAUCUUUCCUGUCCCUCUCGUUCCCGGUGUCUGUUUCCUCUGAAUUUUUCUCAUCUUUUGCAGGAAGUGAGACACAGUGUGAGUGUGAGUGGGAACUGGUGAGUGCACCUCUGUGUACUGUAUAUACGGUAUGAUCAUGUGUGUAAAUGGGUCUUUGGUGCAGAAGGUGGGUGUGUUUGUACACGUGCAGCAGCCACAUUACCUAGCCUCUUUUACUUGACGGCGUAUAUUCUGGGCAAAUCCAGAUUAUACCCCCCUUGUCCGGAUUAUACCCCCGUUGUGUUUUUCAUAAAUAAGUUUGUAUUUAAAUGUCCAGAGUUUUUUUUUAUAUACAUCAUAAUUUGUGUAUUUUGGACUCCAUCAGACUAUAUCUCUCUUGUACGGAUUAUAUUUCCUUGUGUUUUUCAUAACCAAGGAACCUCAGGGGGUUUGGAGAAACAUUUGAGGGUUGGGGGUUCAUUUAAAUUAUGGGGGGUUAAUAAUCUGGCCUAGGGGGGUAUGAAAUAGCCUUGCUUGUUUUAUAUCCCGGGUAUAUUUGGGCUAAUCCAGUUCAUACUCGGGGUAUAAAACAGGCUAGCCCACUUUAACUCCGGGUUCAUUCUGGGGAGGGGGUAUAUUUUGGUUUGAUACACCUGUAAAAACCUUCAAUGACUUUUCCAUCAGUAAAUGUUAGUGUGUGUGUGUGAGCUUACGUGUCCCUGCUUGUGUGUGUGUGUGUGUGUGUGUGUGCGCGUGCGGCCUCCAAGUGGCUCAGUGGCCUUUCACGCUGUUCAUGAACUUUUGCAAGAGCUUCUCAUGAGGACACAGUCACUACUCAUCCACAUCUCGCCGACUAGCAUCCGCUGACAGCUGGGCUCUCUCCGUCUCUCCCCUCCCACUCUUUCCCACCUCCACACACACACACACACACGCACACACGCACACACACAGGAUGGAGCUCCCUCUGAGUUGGUGGUAGUUCACGAGGACCGAUCUUGGCAAACGGCCUGCGUCUACCGUCCACACUCGCAGAAGCGUUUAAAGGAGAAACACUCCCGCCAGCGACGUGUGUCGCUUAAAAAGACGAGAUGAUAAUCGACGCAUCGUCGUCUCUCCUCUACUGCUUCUCUCAAAACGUAACUCGAGGAUUAAACAUCUUUUUAUACUUUACGAGAUAUCUUGCAAAUCUGAAAAGAAAAAAGACAAAAAAGAAAGCGCCACCUGCCUUGCUUUUGUAGUGUCGACCGAUGAAACGACAACACAAUGCAUGCAUAUGUACUGUACCAUCUUAGUCGUGCGUCGAAUCUGAACACAAAGGAACACGUUGUGUUUUGACCGGAGCAGUAUCUGGAGAACAGCAGGCGCCAGAAACAGUCUGAAGUUUGGGACCUGUCGUCGUGCAGGUAGGCGGCGGGUUCGCCGCCCCCCAUUUCCUCAGAUUCUCCUUCACCUGUCCAAGACCCUCGGUGACCGUAAAGUACAGUCAGGAAACACCGGUAACAAUUUCGUCUGUUUUUCCGUAGCCAACUGGAGACGCUGGGUUUCGCCCCCUCCGACCCGCCUGGCGCCGAGCGCCCUCUGCGUUUGUUUGCAUGUGUUGCACAUGAAUGCUCAUCGAAGUGUGUGAACGUGUGUGUGCGGCUUGCUUCUUUCCACGUGACGGGACGGGAUGGGAUGAGCCUGUUGCCAUUGGUUACAACUUUACAAGGGGGGGGGGGGAGUGUAAUCGCUGUUGUUUUUCUGUCCGACAGCGUUUUUUUUCUCUCAAAGUAUCUGGAUUUGGAACUCAAACUUUCUGCCGUUUCACCACGUUUAUUUUACGACAUGUUCAGAGUGAACGUGUCUGCAGCCGGAGAGGCAGAACAUUUUUUCAUUUAGAAUUUCGGGUCCCGGACAGAAACAGGUUAAAGAGGCUGGUGACGAUGCCCUGCGCCACCCCGUUAGUCCGCAGCAUGCUACAGCAUGCCGAGCUCUCUCUCUCUCUAUAGUUUGACUCUUUCUUUCUUUCUUUCUUCUUUCUUUCUUUCGUUAUGUUUCUGGGAAAAUUACUCUGUUUUGGUUUUUGAGUUGUGUGGAGAAAAUAAUGAAAGUGUUGGAAAGAAAAA